CACUGUGUAAUGGGCAAAAACAAAAUGUUUUGGGAAAGAGAUGUACGCAAAAUUUAGAAUGUCAAACUACGCACUUGAACGUCAUACGUAGAAGACUUCUCUUCUACGUCAACUUUUAACAAGGAGACCAAUCACGACAACAAUAACAACAACACCGACGUGCUGGCGGAGGAGGAAAAAAACAAAUAAGUGAUAAACAGUUCUUACUCACCCAAGAAAAACUUAAGCUUAUUGAAAGCAAACAAAAAGUUGUUCUUUUCACAUUUGUGUCAUAAAUUCGCGUAUUGUAAUACUUAAAACGCUUGGUUUCAUUGCUAUGGGGCUGGCUAUUACGGGAGCACAGCCCAGCAGCAGACCACCAUAUUAAUAUUGUCAUCGUCGUCAAUUAUUUGCUGUUUUCUUUCUUCUUUCGCUAAAAACGUUAAACUUCCAACCAACCAACCAGCCAGUCAGUCAUUCAGGCAGCCAAUCACCACCCUCCAAACAAAUUGGAAUACUUUCCUUUUAAACGCUUAACUACAUCUACAGUAUGGGCCUUAAAAAAAGCAAACCAAUGACGACGAUUCGUAAAAAGUUGGUUAUUGUUGGCGAUGGUGCCUGCGGUAAAACUUGUCUGCUGAUUGUCUUUAGCAAAGAUCAGUUCCCUGAAGUGUAUGUGCCCACUGUUUUUGAAAAUUAUGUGGCCGACAUUGAAGUCGAUGGUAAACAGGUUGAAUUGGCCUUAUGGGAUACAGCUGGUCAAGAAGAUUAUGACAGACUUCGUCCACUCAGUUAUCCCGACACAGAUGUUAUAUUAAUGUGUUUCUCAGUGGAUUCACCCGAUUCGCUAGAGAAUAUUCCUGAAAAAUGGACCCCAGAGGUCAAGCAUUUUUGUCCAAAUGUUCCCAUUAUUUUGGUGGGUAACAAAAAAGAUUUGAGAAACGAUCCCAAUACAAUUCGGGAUCUUGCAAAAAUGAAGCAGGAACCUGUUAAGCCACAAGAAGGUCGUGCUAUGGCUGAAAAAAUUAAUGCCUUUGCUUAUUUAGAAUGUUCGGCCAAGUCCAAGGAGGGUGUUAGAGAAGUGUUUGAAACCGCCACUAAAGCUGCAUUGCAAGUCAAAAAGAGGAAGAGGACCAAAUGUAAUUUGCUCUAAAAGAGUUCUACUUCAUUUAAAACAACAACAACUACAGCAACAACAACAACCAUACUUUUUUAAUAAAAACAAAAUCAACAACAAACAAGAACAUACAAUUUUACUUCUACAACAACAACAAACAAUAAAAAUACACACAAACACCUACAAGAAAAGAAACAAAAACAGCACAUUUUUACUUCAAAAACAAAAAAGAGACAAAAAAACAUCCUCCUGGAAUGGAAAUUAUUGAAGAAAAAAGUAAACUUGAUUGAAUGCAAAACAAAAAACACAAAAAUCACAAGGUUUUUAUACGUUCCACCUCCACUCCUCCUCCUCCAACAAAAACACAAUCUCACUCACAGCAGCAAGAAGAAGAAAAAUCGCAAUUCGCUAAAAAGGAGAAGUAAAACAAAACUUUUUUCAGUCAAAAAAGAAAUGGAAAUCACACUCACACCCGAUUUAACACAGCAAGAACAACAACUAUUAAAGAAAAGAGGAAGAAGAAGAAACAAAAAAGUGUUAAUUUUUUUGUUUUUCUUUUUUUUUACGUUAAUGUUUUCGUAAAUAAUUUAUAUAUAUAAUUUUUUGAAAUUUACAUUUUAUAUAUAUACAUAAUAAUAUCUAGUUUAUGUGGUUUAUUAAUAAUUUUUUUGCUUUUAUUUAAAAAAACACACACACACAAACAAAACAUAAAUUAAAUAUUUUAAAGAUUUUUUUUAAAUUAUAUUUAAGUUGAUAAAGAAAGAAAGAUAAAUUAAUUAAUAUUGGGGGUUCUUGUUUAAUCGAAAAAGCAUGAUCAUAUUUUUUACAAUAACAAUUAGAAUACAGUUUUUUUUUAAUUACAAAAUGAAACAGAACAAAAAAGAAUUAAGUUUUGAAGCCAGCAAACAAUAUGAAGUGAGAGAAAAUGAAUAUGAAGCAGCCUUAUCUGUUCCCAGACCUCAAAUCAAUGGGGAGAAUUUUCGAUCUCUUUCCUUGUCGUACUACUGUUUUCCUCUGUAUUUAUAAUAGCUAUAAUGAAUGAAAAGGAAAACUUGGAAUAUAUCCUGAGAAAUACAUGAAAUUCUUUGUGUAGCCGAAGAAAAAAUUCCAUAAACCACCAUAUAAUUCACUAUGUGACAUAGACAAGUUGACUUCCUAGAGAACAAUUUGUUAUUAGGAAAUCUAUGCAAAAACUAUGCCAUUGACUUAUGUCAAAGGCUAUUUUAUAUUCAGAAUAGAUUUUCUAUAAAGAAUAUAACAAUUCCAGUAUUGAUCUAAUGAAGAGAACAGUUGGAAUAAUUCGUUCAGCACUAAACAAAUGUUCGACUGGAUAUUUACAAAAUGGUCACUUUCAAUGACUUGAGUCAAAUUAAGUUAAUACAGAUCUUGAAUUUCUACAGUAAUUCGAACACUGACGUAUAUAAUUCACAUUGUAGAAGAAUCGAUAUAGUUUGUAUUCCAUCAAUUUGAAUUUAUGAACGUAAUUAUGUUGGCAAUUACAAAAUAUUAAAAUUUUAAUACUGCCCCCUCUAUACAAAGAAAGAUCCAUGGAGUGGCUUUUUUGCCCUUGAGUACUUUCUGAAAAACCAACUUUCCCAUCUGAAAUUCCAUGAUUUAUUCAAUACCUUUGGCGAUGUAGACAUUCUUGCAUUUAUUCUUAUCAUUAUUUUUUGUUAUAUGUCCAGAUUUUAAUUAUUUAUGCAUAAAAAGUAAAACCUUUGCGCACAUAUCAGGAAGAGGGGGUCGAACAUUCUUUCGUUACCUAUCCUUGGGAAAAUUUAAACCAAAUUAAAAUUUUUGAGGGAGUACCGAGGCAAGUGGAAAACAUAAAUUGUGCCAAAUCCUUAGUUGUGAGAACCCCAAAUUAUUUCAAUUAAGAAGUGUGUAUACUUUGAAUUAUUGGAAUAUAAAAGGGAAUUCCAAUCAAUUUUCCUUAUAUGAAGGAUCUUAGGUAUGCGAUCCCCAAAUUGUUUCAAUUAAGAAGUGGAUAUUCUUUGAGUUAUUGAAUUUUUCGAAGUGAAGUUGUCUUUUCCUUUAACGAAGUAAUAGACAACUCUCUGGGUUUUAAGUUAUCAAAUCCGACUUCCAGUUGAAAUGGUGGGAAUUUGCAUUUAUGAGGCCUUGGAAACAUGGAUUGUUACGAAUUUGGAUUUCGGUUUAUGGAAAUAUUGGAUUUUUCUAUAUACCUUAAAUAUAUAAUAACAUAAUUUAAACCUGAAAAAUAGUCUUAGCAAACAGAAUUAGUUUCCAGUCCCAACUGAAAUCCAUGAUCUAUUUAUUCCUUUUUCACCAAUAUUUCUCUGGACUUGUAACUUUGCUUCGUAUUGUUGUUCAAUAACAUCUCAAGAAGAACUUCAAAACUUUUUUUUUUCAAAACUUGGACAUAAUAGGUGCGUCUGGUUACUUAUUCCAGCAGGAUUUGUCCAGCAACUUCUUUCUGAGGGAGUAAGGUAGUUUUAUUCUCUUUUGCAAGAAAAAGACGAAAAGUAAACAGACGGUAUUCCUGCAGAAGCUAGCAACUAAUCAGCUGAUUUGUCAAGACAUCACCAAUUUGGUCCCCAUUAAAAGAAUAAAAAGAAAUAAACAAGUUUUAUAAAUAAAAAGGAAAUUAGCAAUUAAAUAAAAAUAUGAGCAAUAAAAAAAA